CCCAUCCGUACGCUCGACGCCAUGACUGACCAGGACUGCUCGCCGAUUGAGAAAGUCACCUCACCGUCUCUAGAUAUACAACAUCUCGAGAAGAAGCUGCAUGCUACCCCGGAAGAGAGGCAGGCCGCCCUUACACAAGCUCUCGCAGUCGAUCCUGGUGUCAAAGCGGGCAGUUGGAGGGCGUACCAGAUGUAUCUGAUCGUUCUCUGCGCUUGUUGUUGCUCCGGGGACAGUGGUUUCGAUGGCACGGUCAUGUCUGGUGUCAACGCGAUGUCACAAUAUCAAACAUACUUUGGCAUGUCGAGUGCAGGUGCAAAGACCGGAAUUGUUUUCGGUAUAUUCACGAUCGGAUCUCUGGUUGGUGCUAUCCCCGCGUCAUACCUGCCGGAUCGAUUUGGGCGUAGAGUCUCUAUGUUUACUGGCAAUUUCCUCCUGAUCAUUGGCGCUAUCGUUACUGCAACCGCGACGCGGAAGAGUACUUUCAUUGGCGGUCGAUUCCUCACAGGUCUUGGGUCGGCCACGGCUGGAGCGUCAGCAAAAUCGUACCUCGCUGAGAUUACGCCACCUCAGACGCGAGGCAUGUUUCUCGGUUUUCUAAACUCUUUCUACUAUGUUGGCCAGAUGACGGCCAGUGGCAUGAUGGUAGCCACGGAAAAAUACAGUAAUGAAUGGUCCUGGCGUUUGCCUCUCUUUAUACAAGUUGUACCUGCAGCUCUCAACGUCAUAUUUGUAUUCCUUUGCCCGGAAUCGCCAAGGUGGCUCUACACUCAGGGAAAGACUGACCGGGCUCGUGCGAUCCUAGCGAGACUGCACUCCAGCACCGGCGACGUUCAUUCACCCCUCAUCGACCUUCAGAUAAACGAGAUCGAGGAGAAGAUUGUUCUCGAUGGCAGCGACAAACGGUGGUGGGACUUUAGAGCUCUGUUCCGCACACGUAGCGACCGGUACAGGACUUGGAUGGUCGUCCUUAUCGGCUCAUUUGGACAAUUGUCUGGAAAUGGCCUCAUCACCUAUUUCUUGCCGGUCUUGCUGUUGAAUGCAGGAAUCACAUCUCAAAGCAAGCAGCUUACUCUCAACUUUGUCAAUUCUGUCACCUCGUUCAUUGGCGCUCUUACGGGGUCGGUAUGCGUUGACCGUGUUGGGCGGCGAAAGCUCCUCUUAUGGUCUACCGGAUCGCUCGUCAUAAUGCUUGCGAUCGUGACAGGUCUGCUGAGCCAGCCAGGAAAUUCAGCUCGCGCCAAUGCAGGAAUUUCUUUCAUCUAUCUCUUCAUGGUUAUAUUCUCGUUCGGAUGGACGCCUAUGCAAGCCCUCUAUGGUGCUGAGGUUCUGAGUUACGAGACUCGUGCCAAAGGACUGGCCUUCCUCAACGUCGUAACGCAGGCAUCUUCCUGCAUCAAUACCUUCGGCCUCCCAGUUGCACUGGAAAAAAUAUCAUGGAAAGUUUAUGUCAUCUUCCUCGUCUGGGACGCGUUUGAGUUCAUUGUCAUUUAUUUCACGGUCGUUGAGACGAAAGGGUUGACAUUGGAGGAGAUUGAAGCAGUAUUCUCUCAGCCGAAUCCGAGGAAAUACUCUACAUCACAUAAGUUUAGGUUCAAGGCCACUGCCCAAGGUGAAAGUGCGUAGUGGAUACCGUAAAGCCUGUAUUUUAUCGAUACUACUCAUCUCCGUCUCUUGGUAUACUUACUGUGACUCUUUCGUGCUGAUCCUCUGCGUGAUUGGGUGUUGGUAGUACCGUUUUACGUGUAAAUUUUCUUCGCCCUGUAUGGAAUAAGAUAUUGCUACUGUUUCUAAAGGA